AUGAUCUCCCAGAACACCCGCACAAAGCUCCGCUACCGCUAUCCUAGUCGCAAUCUGCUGUACAGCACCCCAGUCCGAGCCACCGCGGCCCAAGGACUCCCUCUAGCCAUCUCGCAACGAUAUCCGCCUUCCCAUCCGCCUCGGGCUGCCAUUACUUCGCCGGUGGUGCGUAUUUGCUGCAACACCGCAGCGGUCCAUGAGGGCGAAAUGCAGAUAUUUGGGGUCGCAAGUCAUUCAUCACUGCAUCGCCGCGAGCGCGAUGAAGCAUGGCGAUCAUCACUGCGCGAGCUGGCAGGGCAGCACGGCGAAGUGCCCAGUACAGAUGGUGACGAUUGGCAAUCUCGGACGUUUCAGUAUGCGCAAACGAGCAUUGUUUCUCGGCUUUCAUUACGGCGUGAUGUGGGCAGCUGCGGUCGACUGGACCACUAA